CGGCGAUGCGGGGCUCCCGCGUAGCGGCGUCGCGCUCGCCCCUGGGCCUGUGCGCCCUGGUGCUGGCGCUGCUGGGCGCGCUGCCCGCGGGCACCAGGGCGCAGCCGUACCACGGCGAGAAGGGCAUCUCGGUGCCGGACCAUGGCUUCUGCCAGCCCAUCUCCAUCCCGCUGUGCACGGACAUCGCCUACAACCAGACGAUCCUGCCCAACCUGCUGGGCCACACAAACCAAGAGGACGCGGGCCUCGAGGUGCACCAGUUCUACCCUCUGGUGAAGGUGCAGUGUUCUCCCGAGCUGCGCUUCUUCCUGUGCUCCAUGUACGCGCCCGUGUGCACCGUGCUGGAUCAGGCCAUCCCGCCGUGCCGCUCGUUAUGUGAACGCGCCCGCCAGGGCUGCGAGGCGCUCAUGAACAAGUUCGGCUUCCAGUGGCCUGAGCGCCUGCGCUGCGAGAACUUCCCGGUGCACGGCGCCGGCGAGAUCUGCGUGGGCCAGAACACGUCGGACGGCUCGGGGGGCGCGGGCGGCAAUCCCACCGCCUAUCCUACCGCGCCCUAUCUGCCGGAUCUGCCCUUCACCGCGCUGCCCCCGGGGGCCUCCGAUGGCAGAGGCCGGCACGCCUUCCCCUUCUCGUGUCCCCGCCAGCUCAAGGUGCCCCCCUACCUGGGCUACCGCUUCCUGGGCGAGCGCGACUGCGGAGCCCCGUGCGAGCCGGGCCGGGCUAACGGCCUCAUGUACUUUAAGGAGGAGGAGAGGCGUUUCGCCCGCCUCUGGGUGGGCGUGUGGUCGGUGCUGUGCUGCGCCUCGACGCUCUUCACCGUGCUCACCUACCUGGUGGACAUGCGGCGUUUCAGCUACCCCGAGCGGCCCAUCAUCUUCCUGUCGGGCUGCUACUUCAUGGUGGCCGUGGCGCACGUGGCGGGCUUCCUGCUGGAGGACCGCGCCGUCUGCGUGGAGCGCUUCUCGGACGACGGCUACCGCACGGUGGCGCAGGGCACCAAGAAGGAGGGCUGCACCAUCCUCUUCAUGGUGCUCUACUUCUUCGGCAUGGCCAGCUCCAUCUGGUGGGUCAUCCUGUCCCUCACUUGGUUCCUGGCGGCCGGCAUGAAGUGGGGCCACGAGGCCAUCGAGGCCAACUCGCAGUACUUCCACCUGGCCGCGUGGGCCGUGCCUGCCGUCAAAACUAUCACCAUCCUGGCCAUGGGCCAGGUGGACGGGGACCUGCUCAGCGGGGUGUGCUACGUGGGCCUGUCCAGCGUGGACGCGCUGCGGGGCUUCGUGCUGGCGCCUCUGUUCGUCUACCUCUUCAUCGGCACGUCCUUCCUGCUGGCGGGCUUCGUGUCGCUCUUCCGCAUCCGCACCAUCAUGAAGCACGACGGCACCAAGACGGAGAAGCUGGAGAAGCUCAUGGUGCGCAUCGGCGUCUUCAGCGUGCUCUACACCGUGCCGGCCACCAUCGUGCUGGCCUGCUACUUCUACGAGCAGGCCUUCCGCGAGCACUGGGAGCGCACCUGGCUCCUGCAGACGUGCAAGAGCUACGCCGUCCCCUGCCCGCCCGGCCACUUCCCGCCCAUGAGCCCCGACUUCACGGUCUUCAUGAUCAAGUACCUGAUGACCAUGAUCGUGGGCAUCACCACCGGCUUCUGGAUCUGGUCCGGCAAGACCCUGCAGUCAUGGCGCCGCUUCUACCACAGACUCAGCCACAGUAGCAAAGGGGAGACUGCGGUAUGAGCGGCGGCUCUUCUCCCAGCCUGCGCCCCCCCUACACACACCCCGACUUCUUUGCUGGGGGCGGGGGUAGGGGAGAGGCACUCACUAUAGGGAGCGAAGUGCUGGUUUGAGGGGAGCUGGCAGGGGGAAAGCUGGGUUUCGUAACCCACCCCCUCCACUGAGAGUUGACCUGGAAAUGAGAAGAGAUUGGAAGUGAUGGGAGGUUUGGAGGGGAGGCUGGGUAGAAAGGAUGAAAAGACUUCUGGCAAAGACUUGCAGGAGGAGGAGGAGGAGGAGUUGUUCAUUGUGAAAGGUUUGGGCUGGCUAGGGCCAGUGGAGUCGGCUGAGAGCAACCGAAGCUGCUGUGAGUUCUUCCCGCUCUGGGCCGAGCUGGGGCUGCGAGCCGUCCUCCCCCGCUGCAAGGCAAAAGUGGCUGCCCCAGCUCCUGAAAGGCCUGCGGAAAAGGUACGGCUCUGUCUGCAGCCGAGGCUUUGUUGGGGAGAGGGGGGACCCCUGCCGUGUCCUUGUCAAGCAGUGUUCAAACCAUAAUCUCUUUUCACUAGGGCCAAACUGGAGCCCAGAUGGGUUAAUUUCCAGGGUCAGACAUUAUCGUCUCUCUUCCCCUACCCCCCUCCCUCCUGUUUUUCCUCCCCUACUCCUUUCAAGUCUUGGAAAAUAAGCAUUUGGAAGUCCUGGGAGGCCUGCCUGCCUGCCUGCCUGCCUGCUACAAUCCUAACGUGAAGAUGCAGAAGUGACGGUCACAUUUCAAGAUGAGGCCAUGGAGAAGAAGAGUAGCUAUUUUGGCUACUUUUUCGUUUUGUUGGGAAGGCAGCCUGCAGAAAGAAGGGUGUUUUAUUUUAUUUUAUUUUAUUUGGUUUAAUACCUUGAAAAGAAGUGAUGACUUGUUGCUUUUCAAAACAGGAAUGUGUUUUCCCUCUUGUCUUUGUUAUAAGAGACAAAAGAGGAAACAAAAAGUGUCCCUGUAGAAAGGCAUAACUGUGAAGACAGCAACUUUUAUAGGUAAAUCAGCACAAAUCUGAGGUUUCCUUUUAGUUGUUAAUUUGGUUGAGAUAAACAUUCCUUUUUAAGGAAAAGUGAAGGGCAGUGUGCUUGCAUACCCUCUCAGCCCGCGGAUCUGACUUGGAUAAAGGAAAUGCAAGGGGUUUUGUUUGUUUAAAGCACGUUUAAUUCAGAACAUAUGAUCCAACAGGGUCUGUUAAAGUGUUUAGGGUAAUCCUCCCCCCCCCCUCUUUCUUUUCCUAGCUAUAAGCUUACAUUUAGCCUUCAUCCUAUUUUCCCCCUCCAACUGGGAUAAUUCAAGAUAAAAGAAAAAGCAUAAUGCCCUCAACAGAUUCAUAAAAGAAAGUUAA